AUGUUGAGAGCUAUACAAAAGACACAACCAUUUAACUGUUCUGUGGCGCGCUCAACACCUAUAAGGAUACUACCAUAUAUAAGAGUACAUCGCUUCUCAACGUCGAGAUACUGCUGCAAUGAACAAUCUCAACCUUCAGAAUCAGCAUAUGACUUUCCUUGGCUACUCACUACUGAUAAACCACGCAUUGAGAAAUAUCCAUAUGAAGCAGUACCGUUAUUACCUUUAAGUCUCCAAAAAUACUUUACUAAUUUGCUUGGUGCAAACUUGCUGAAAGCUUCCUUAGGGCAAAACUUCUUUCCUGAACAAUUUCUAGCAGGAGCUGGUGAAGCAGUACGACAAACCAUCACUUCAUUAUCAGACUACUUAAAUAAUCCAGAAGAUAAAGUAAAAAAGGAGCAAUUACAACGGAUACUAUCACCUAGUCUUCUAGAACGAUUUGUAAAGGCGGCUCCAUCUGAUGUGAAUAUAGGUCUUCAUCUACGGGAUGUGCGACACACAAGACUCGGCGAUAUCUGGACUACCAUGGGUAAUCCUGCCACUUACAGCAGCCCUGAUUAUUCCGUCGUCAAUGUUGUAACAGUACGAUUGCCUGUGCCCAAUCCAGAUAAAGAGACCUUCACAUCAACGUUAACGAAUACAUCUGCUAUUAAUACGUUAACACAGGGUCUCCAAAUUAACGUAGAUGUCUUAUUUGAAGCUAAUGUAACUUAUAAGAUGUCGAAAAAGGGUGCAGAGGAUGAUAUUUUAAUAUAUGACGAGGGUGUGAGAACACUGCGAGUGAGAUUUGGCACACCGUACUUUAUACCAGCCAAAAAGUUUCUGAACGCUUUCGAUGAAACUGGUGAACCUAUACCCAACUCCAAUUGGAGUUGGCGAAUUAUUGACAUAGAUCAAUUAUUAGAGAAGGAAUCAAUGCUCACUCUGUCUGAAGAGACUGAAUAA